AUGCCCGCCAUACUGCACCUACAGUCCCCUUCUAGCCCCCCGGUCGUCGGCACCAGCCAGGACCGGCCAAGAUCCGUCGCCUUGGAUCUUAUCCCAGACCGAGCCAAAAGUUGGCGAGUGUUGCACACAUCCGUCUCAGAUGCUGAUGACGACACUGUAGUGCCGCACAACAAUGGCUUCGUCUGCACAGUGCUUCGUGCCUGGCAGCAAGAUCAACACCUCGAGCUACGGCCCGACGACGUGUGGCUUUCUGUGCUGACGCAGUUCAGCUUCUAUCUAAACGGCGAGAAUCGUUCUGAAGCCCUGCGUGACCGCUUCGUCAACCACGCGGGGCGCCGACGCCUUGAGAUUGCCUAUCCGCAUUGCCAGACAGUGGAACAAGUCGAUGUGCCUGCCAUGACGCAGCGAUUCGUCGACAUGAUUCGCGAGCAUCUGGUCGAUGAUACUUUGGCCGACUGGCUACUCCCCGUCUUCAGUACCACGCUGCCCAGGGACAAAACUGUAGCCGCAGCCGCCUUCCUCGGCACCAUGAGCGAAUACUUUGGCUACGCUGCUAUUUUGGGUUGCAGCUUUCCUUCCGUCACACUGCACGGCGAGCGUGAGGACUGGGUGGACCUGCUGGGGCGCAUGGCCCGGCUCGCCGAGUUUGAUACUGCUGGCGACCACAUGGACAACGAGAGCAAUGGGGCUGAUUCGGAGUCCCGGUGCCGUCCCAUGGUGCAGUGGUCUCGUGCCCUCACCGUCGUCGUCGAGUUCAUGGUCGCUAGCUUCGACCGGCCGAACGACGAGCGUGUACACGACUUUUGGAGACGAGCCUGCCACUCAGUCGGCAGUGAAGCUUCUGGUGAGCCCAGCACCAUGUCCGGCUGGCUGACGGCCUUUUGCUGGUGGCGCGCCGACGGCGCCGCCCAAAGGGCGUACAGCGACUCGGAGCUCGCUGAGCUGGAGCAACUGCGAGGCCAUGGCCCGAGACUCAAGCUCGGCGGUGUCGAAUUCCCCAUUAUUAACCAGGAAGAGAUUCCAUCUGCGUAUACUGAGGCCAGCAUAACCUUCCACCUCGCGGAUGGGAAGAAGCUGGCUACCGUACUCACCGCAGGAUCCAAGGGCGCCAGGUUGCUGGACAAGCAAGGCAGCGCCGUGCAACUCUUUUCCUGCUGGUGGCUGUUGACGCAUGAGAAGAAAGGUCUUUGGCGAAUUUCUCAACGGGAACCACUGGUAGUAAAACGAAAAGGUGCCAGGGCCGGAGACAAAAGACCCUGA